UACACACUCUCACACACAGCCCAGCAUAAUCAAGUUUAGUAUCGUUCGUGAAAAGAUGAGUCCUGUUCGGCGGCACGGAAAAUAGUCCCAGCGGAAAAACAGUGGAAAAUUUGCACGCCCGUGGCCUUUGGGUGUGUGUGUGAUGUGAACACAUAACCCGCAUGUAACAGCCGCAGCAUAUUUGCGUGUGUACACUGCGGCACAAGCGAAAGCAGUGAAAGGGUGGCCAUUUCUCGCCCGUGAACGUUCUGUGAUUUGUUGGACACUGUGCGUGGAUCGGACUCGUGCAAUUGUGUUGAGGAAAGCGAGUAUAAUGCGGAAAACGACCGUCCGCUGCAGCGAGUGCAAAACAAAAUAAAUCAAAGCUCACUAUAGGUAGUGCACUACUCGGUGUGGCAAAUCACAGCUUCCCUCUAGCUCGGUUUGAUUAACCGUCGGAGGAAAGAAGGAAGAGGAAGAGAAGGUUCUGGUUUGCAAACCCCCCCCCCCCCACGCGAAGAACCAGGGAGCGGGGAAGAGAGAACGAGAGAAAAGCGCUAGUGCAAUCUCUUCCUCCAUAUCGCCCCAUCGUGUGUGUGUGUGCGCGUUUCUGUGUGCCCGUGUGUGUGUGUGUUUGUGUAGUUUAUACAAUCGAGCAAAUUUGCUGGCGGCCGACCCUGCUUGGCGCUUGCCUUUUUCACUGAUUGAUUGCGAGGAUCGACUGUUGUUGCUUCCGCCAAAGCAGCCUUUAAGCUUUGCAUUGAUCAGUUUUUCCCUUGUUCCGUGUGCAGUGUGUGACCGUCUUCUAUCAGCUAGAAAACUAGUUCUUUUUCACCCAAAAGUCGUCUAUCCAUACAGACCACUACUUGCUCGCCCGAGCGUUCCCAGCCAAGAGAGCAGUGCGAAAGAUGCGUUAAGCAGACGGCGGUGACAAGGUGUGAUGGUUGAUCCUCUCGAGUCGGCCCCCGAGCGAUUGAUUCCAGCAGGAAAAUCAGUUGUGUGUGUGUAAAGCUCAAAAACCAAGCGGGCCAGUGAAAAUCACCGUUGUGAGAUAUGAGGUGAGCGCGUGAGCAGCAGUUCCCCUUUUGCACCCUCCGAGCGUGUGGUUGUUACAUAAAAGCAAAGCGGAAAAUUCACCGUGCCGUGCGAGCAGAACAGCAAGCAGAGUGAGACGCGAGUAGGAGCAGCAGCAGCAGCUGUCACUACGAUUGGUGUUUUUAGUUGUUUGGUUAACAAAGUGUUUGGUGUUCGUUUAGUGCGUGUGUGUGUUAUAUGUGCAAAAAGUGCUCCUCUUUGCGAGAGCUUCGCCGUGCAAAAGUGUGUGAAAAGUGUCGGAAAAAGUUAGGCAAAAAACGGAAUUUUAACUAAGAGUGGACGACCUUCUCGCUAGCGUAAUCUUGUGAAACUCACCCAACCGAAAAGGAUUCAUCCCUGCUUAGGUCAAGCUGCUGCUCUUCCUCACCAAAGUGUAAGGCACGACUUACACGUGACUAAAAGAAAAGGAUUGCCCUAAUCAAAACCCCGGGCGAACGGUUUGCCGGGAGUAACGCUCGAGAAGAACGCGCUAGUGAACGCGCAGUGUGGGCCACACGCCACCGAAUCGGUUUCGUCGCUGCAGCCGCGCGCGGUCCCCGCCCGUGAAAAGCCGUCAAACUGGAGCGACUCCCAGAGUAUCUGCGCGACACGGUGGACUGGUUUAUGGGAAAAGCCCGACGCAAGGAACGAGACGGAGAUUCGAAUCAGGGUGACACAAAGCUUUACCUCGAGGAAGGGCUGCUAGAGCGAAAGCUACCGGAUGCGGACCUGCGAUUACUAGUGGAUCUACCGGCCGGCUUGGACUACAACGAAUGGCUAGCAUCGCACACCCUUGCGCUGUUCGAGCACGUCAACCUCGUGUACGGUACCAUCAGUGAAUUCUGCACUACAUCCGGCUGUCCAGACAUGACCGGCCCAGGAACUAGGAUGUACCUCUGGUUCGACGAGAAGGGCAAGAAGACGCGGGUGGCCGCCCCACAGUACAUCGACUACGUGAUGACGUUCACGCAGAAGACGGUCAGCGACGAGUCGAUCUUUCCCACCAAAUAUGCCAAUGAGUUCCCUAGUUCGUUCGAGAGCAUCGCGCGCAAAAUCGUCCGCCUGCUGUUCCAUGUGAUCGCGCACCUGUACGCGGCCCACUUCCGCGAGGUCACCAUGCUCGGGCUGCACGCGCAUCUUAACCUCACCUUCGCGCAUCUCACCGCGUUCCAUAGGCGAUUUAAUCUGAUAGAACCCAAAGAGACAGAAGUGCUGCGCGAUCUGGAGAUUGCGCUCCGCCUGACGGACGAUCCGACGGCGCCCGCGGUCACCACCGGCGCCGACGGCAAGGCGGACAGUAGUGCCUCGAUCGCGUCCACGACCUCGGCCUCGACCGGCACGACCAACACGUGCUCGUCCUCGUCCACGUCCUCGACCGCUUCCUGCUCGCCGCCGCUACUCCUAACCGCCGCUGCAGCCGCCGCCUCCUCUACCGUGCCGCCGCCGUCGUCGUCGCCGCACCCGAACAACGGUACGAUCCUGCCUCCCUCCUCCUCCUCUACCACCGCCACGCCGAACAGCAGCUGCAGUGGUGCGGACAACAAUAAUAGCAACAGCAGUAGUGAUAGUGGUGCCGCCGGCCACGCGAACCACCACGCGCUCAUCGAUGGGGACGCGACGGCCCAGCCGAUCUGCAAGCAGCCGCUCGAAUCGGGCAGCGUCGUUGUAAAUAGUAAUAGUCAUAAUCAUCACCCGCACCAUCACCACAACCAUCCCCAUCACCAUCAUCACCAUCAUCCGGGUAAGAUGGAAUCGUCCUGUGCGACCGGUGGUGGUGGCGGCGGCAGUGGCAGCAGCACCGGCAGCGUUGGGGUGAGCGGAUGCGGCGUCGGUUACAGCGUCGUUGGAGGGGGAGGCGGCGGUGGAGGUGGCGGUGGACAUUCGGGCGGGGCCAGUUCGCAGCAGUCGUCCAACACGCAGACAACGGCAUAGUGGAUACGCUGGACUGCGAGUGUUGGGGCCGGCGCCGGAACCAUGUUCCUGCUGGGCGGGGCGGCGUGCUGUGGGGCCCUCCAGGUGCCCACCCAAAUCUGACCAAAAUGUGAUCUUAAAAAAAAAAAACAAAAAACAAAACAAAAAAAACACACACAAGCAUACGCGGAAAAAGGAUGUGAAGCGAAAGGUGGCAAACACACACACACACAAGCGCGUGUGUACACAUCCUUGGAGAACAGGAGUGUGAUGAUGGAGGGAGGGAUGUUGCCAUUCGGGUGUAUGUGUGUGUGUGUGUAUGUGUGUUGGUUCGUUGUCUCUGCUUUCAUUUUGCCUUUUGCACGAAACACACAUACACGACACGCGCCCCUAGCAACGCUCCCCCCCCCCCCCCCAAACAACCAAUCAGCAUCGCAUCACGCGCAAAGGACAGCAGAGGUAGCGUUGCGUCAAUCUUACUUUUUUUAUUUUUUAAUGAAGCUAGGAACCAUUUUUAGUAAGCGUGAAAAGUGUGUGUGUGUGCUCUGUUACACGAAACAACACCGCCUCCCAAGAAAGGAUAAUAUAUUUGUGUAUGUAUUGUAACCCAUUAUGAUUGAAACCAUCCUUCAAGGUAGCCUGAAUAAUAAGCAAAAAUAAGAAAAAAAGGAAACGAAACAAGCGGUCCCUGUAAAAACGAAGGGAGGGACGGAUUUUUAACUGUUCGUUUGGGAACACUUACUGGAACCGUCAGCUGUUGCUGCUGCUAGACAGUGGGGAAAGCGAUGGCAAAUGGCAGUUAUGCGGUCAUAACUAAUUUUUGAACUGUUUAGUUAUCUCUCUGUUCCUGUUUUUUUUUUCAAUAUCGAACACAUAAUAUUGUAAAUUAUUUUUGGUAAACUUCUUUCUUAGUUACAAUCACAUUUCCAAGGAGUAAUUCGUUUUGCUGUGUUCUUCUGUUAUCUAAUUCUAGUGCGAUCUAUUCGGCCCUUUUCCCUCCCUUUCUGUAAGAAAGCAAUUGUUUUGUUUUAUGUUUUGUAUUUGUCUUUGCUUCGUACACGCACACGUUUCGUUUCGUUUUUUUACUCUACUGUGAUCAUGAUUGUUGGUUCUUCUUUCUUUUUACUUGUUUAUUUUUCCCUUUUCGGUUUUGCCUCAACCGAACACACUUUGUAAAGCGAAAGAGAGAGAGAGAGAUAGCUGGAGCAUCCUUUUUUACCGCUGUUAGAAAAAGGUUACAAUAAACAAAAACAAAAAAACAAAAACAAAAAACAGCAGCUGUGAAAAGAAAAUAGAAUGAAAUUGAUUACCGAAAAAAAGCAGAGAGAAACAUAACACAUCCGGUCAAAUUAUGAAAAGCGCGUUGAUGUUGUUUUCAUUCACUCCGUCUCCUGUUGCAGUGAGUGAGGUGCAAAGAUCAAUUCGUACAUUAAACCAAGGCUAAGGUUUAUACAAGAAAAGGUGAUAUAUAUCUGCGUUUAUGUAUCUUCUUUUGUAGCGUUCGUAACGAGCAAAAACAGCAUUUUUCUGUGCUAUUAUCUUCUUUUUGUCUCUUUUUUUUUUAACUAAUUCGUGUUUUCCGUGUCAUUGUGCAAAUGAUUUCGCACUUGGUUUUCCCCUCUCAUUUGUUUCCUUUUCCAUUUCCUUGUUUUUGUGUGUGUAUGUGUGCUAUUUCGCGCGCUCUUUAGGUUGUUUAAUUAUUACAUACUGUUAGUUACUAUUUUAGUGUACUUUUCUGCUUUUGUUUUGGUUUUGCUCGAUCGACUGCCCAUGUUGUGCGUCGUGUGUUUUUGUGGUGAUAGUGAGCUGAAGUCCAAGGGUAGUAGUCAUCACUUCAAAUGGAUCCAUCCCCCAACCAACCAACCAACCAACACACAAUAACCUUAAACUACUUAUAAUUUGCACCUUGUUAGAGGAAGAAGAAUAUAACUGUUAACUAGAGCGACGCAUAUUAUGAAAAACGCAUUAGCGAUCGAGAUGCGUUUAUGCGUCCGAUCACUUUAGUUUGGGCAGGUGGUGCAGCAGCAAAGCAGAUAAAAUAAUUAAACCCUUUACAGACCCGUAAGCCGCACUAAAAGGGUCCAGAUGAAAGCAAACAAAAAAAGAAUUAUAGUUUCACACCAGUAGCAUGACAGCAAACUCUUUAGAGAGGGUGUAGUGUUGUUGCAAGGGAAAGAAUAGAGAUCGUUAUCGAAGUCGAUAAAUAAAAGGGAAACAUGCUACUAAAAACAUAGCAAAAUGCAACAAAAAAAAACACAGCUGAACCUAAUCAACAUAAAGCUAAACACAAGUUGUGUGAGUAAAAACACACAAACAAACACAAAGAAAACAAAACACACGCAAAACAUAAGAUAACGAAUAAAGAGAAAUGUGCGUAAAAAUUAACAAGAAAGUGGGACAGAACAUUAGGUCUAUAUAGAAGUACAUAUAUAUAUAUAUUUAAUACAGAGAUAUAGAGAAAGAGAGUCAACUUAUAGAAAGAGAGAGUGAGAGAGAACAGGCAAAGAAAAUGGGAAAUAAAAUCCCCUCUAAAAAAGGAAUGUGUUAAAAAGAAAGAAAUGUGUUAAUAGAACGUGAUAGGAGAAUGAGCGUGUGUGUGUGUGAGUAAACGAGAGAGGGGUAGGAAUGUGUUAUAAAACGUAAAAAUGUGAGCAAAUGUGUAAGAGGUUAGUUGUAGUAGCUGUAAGAGAAAGCAGCAGUGUGUGGGUGCGCGAUAAGAAUCACCCACUUUCACUUUCACAGACACAGAUACACACAUUUUGCUCUAGUUUGCAAAGAAUACACAAGUAUAAUAAUACACAAGUAAAAGCAAAACUCACAAACACACACACACGCUCCCUUAUUCAUGCAAAACAUCCAAACAAACCAACCUCCCCCCCCCCCAUCCC